AUGGAAGAUGAGCAAAAAAUCGCUUAUGAACAUAAAAUGCCAAGUUUUAUUGCAAGUUUCGACGAAGGAGGAGAAAAGAUUGCCGUCGAGAUUUUGAGGAGGAACUCGGGGACCACUUGUAAAUCUCAGUCUCACAGUCUAAAUAACAGUGCGGUGCAAUACCGCGUUGAGGAUCAAGACGGUGAAGAGGAGGACGAAGGAGUCAUUAGUGACCAAUGGCCUGCACCCAGAAGGUGUGAAAAGUCCUAUCAGGAGACCAGCGAAGAAGAAGGGGAAGAAAAUGAGGCGACAGAGCAGCACAGCUCCGGUCUCUCGGGGGAAAUAAAAACUCUGGAUAUUUGCCAGGUUGACACCCUGAACAGUCCCGGUGAAUGCUGUUGUUCCGGUGACGGCAACGAAACCCCUGCGGAUGACUCCGUCCGUGUCAAAGAGCACGUCUAUUGCACUGUGUACUGUAUCGCCAACGACACUCUGGGAAAGGGAGUUGAAUUCCCAGCAGGACCCACAGAAACGGCGACAGUCGUCAUAUAUGGUUCCCCGGAGAGGGACGUCGAGACCAGUCCGGAUACUGCAUCGAGUCCCGGAGUUUACGGGCUGGGCGACCUGGUGCCCCCGCCGGCCCUGUGCAGUCUGUCCCGGCAGCAGAGCGGUGUCAGCACCGGGCUAUCCAGCUGCCGUGUGUGCCUGGAGGAUAAACCAAUCGCGCCGCUUCACUGCUGUCUGAAGGCUGUGUGUGACGAGUGUCUCAAACUCUACAUCAGUUCCCAGGUGCGACUGGGCAGGGCUUAUAUCAUCUGUCCAAUCCCAGAAUGCAGUGGUUUCCUGGAGGAGGGAGUUGUGAUUUCCAAUCUGGCCAACGAAGAAAUUGGAAGGUACCAUUACUUCCUGGAAUUGAGCCAACUGGACGCAACCACUAAGCCAUGCCCCCAGUGCAGUCUGUUCACCUCGCUGAAGACGCACAUCCCCAACCGUGCUGAACACAAGUACAAGAUCCAGUGUAGCAAAUGCCAGUUUGUGUGGUGUUUCAAAUGCCAUGCACCCUGGCACAAUGGGUUGAAGUGUCGCGACUACAGGAGAGGAGACAAACUCUUACGAAACUGGGCUAGUGUCAUAGAACAUGGGCAAAGAAAUGCCCAGAAAUGUCCACAAUGUAAGAUUCAUAUCCAGCGCACAGAGGGCUGUGACCACAUGACCUGCACACAGUGUAACACUAACUUCUGUUACCGCUGUGGAGAGCGCUACCGACAUUUGAGGUUUUUUGGAGACCACACGUCCAACCUCAGUGUGUUUGGCUGCAGGUAUCGCUAUCUACCUGAUAGACCACAUCUGAGACGCCUGAUUAGAGGGUCUGUCUGUGUGAGUAAAGUAGUGAUAGCGCCAUUGGUCAUUGUGCUGGUUGUGGUGCUUGGAGCUCUCUCGUUGGUUAUAGGUUUGAUAGUUUUUCCAGUCUACUAUGCUUGUAAAAGGAAGAAGAAGCAGCAUAGUCAGGGCUCUGGACGAUGGAGCUGAGGACCAAACCCACACUUCACCUGAGCUACACCCACACAGCUAAAACGGCUGAACCCACAUCACCUCAGAGAGAGACUCCAUCUCCCGGAACACCACGACGUCCCAUUGAGAGCUAAAUCAUGGCUUCUGAGACCAACGCUAGGAGUGGAUGUUUGUAAACUGUUUUGAAAGCAUCGAGUAAACAGAAGAACGUCUUCCCUCCCAGAAGAACCACUGUGUUGUGGAGCACUGGUCCCCUGUCGCCUCACUGAGUUGUUGACUUCCUCAAAAUUUAAGAAUGAAAUCUUGCCAAGCUGAGCUCGCUCAAGUUAAAUUCACUCAGUAAUGGUGGCUCUCAAGGGACACGCCUGACUGCUUAUUGGCCACACCCACCUGAACUGGUAAAUUGGCCUUUUAAGUGAUGCCUGGUUACAAAAAGAUACAUGCACACA